AUGAUCAUUGACACAGCUGCUUUCAUUACUGCAAAGGAUCGGUGGCAACAAGAUGAGAUGGAUGACAUCGAGUUGGCUACUCAGCUAUCCCUUUUAGAUAACAGCGAUAAAGGAAAAGCUGUGCCUGAUGAUAUCGUGCACGAAGAUGAGGAUCUAGCCAAAGCAAUUGAAGAAAGUGUGAGAUCUUCAGUGCCACGAAGCUCUAGAAGAAACUCUGACAGACGCCAGUCCUAUCAAAUUAUUUGUGAUGUGUGUGAUGGAUCAAUUCCCAAGAAAGAAAUUUGCAAGCGUGAAUUCUGGAACCAGCAUUUUUGUCGCCGUCACGUAUCCGAUGGAACUCCGAUCUGCUGUGGUUGUAUGAGGCUUAAGGGAGCAAACACAGAGUAUAUCAACCUUGGUGACAUGAGAAACAUUUGCCCGGAUUGUUUUGCUACAUCAAUCACAAAUGCAAGGCAAAAGCAAUCUAUUCUAGAUAAUGUGAUUGAGUUUUUGAGGCUAAAAGAUGUGGAAUUCAAGGUACAUGUUCCUGUCUUCUUGGUGGAUAGAAGAGAGAUGAGGAGACAUACCAGGCGAGGAGUUAGCACUGGGAUGGAACAUAUACAGCCUAUUCAUCCAGACAGCGUGGUGUGGGGACUCACAAUGUUCAAUCCAGAUGAAAGUUAUGCUGAAAGUGUUGAAAGUCUUUCACGAAGUGGGAGGAAUAUUAGGGUGGAGCAGAGGAAGUACCUAUUAAAUCAUGACAGUCACAUAACAGUCCUUAUUUUAUUUGGUUUGCCAAAGAUCAUGACAGGUGCAAUCAUGGCCCAUGAAUUGAUGCAUGCUUGGUUUAGGCAAAUAGGUGUUUUCCACUUGGAACCAAAAGUGGAGGAAGGAAUAUGCCAAGUGGUAGCUCACGAGUGGUUGGACUGGUUCGUGGUGAUGGACGAGGAGGCCUCGUCUAGCAGAAGCGAGAAUGCUCAAUUCACUAGGAAUUUGAAGCACACGUUCAAGGAUUUAGUGGAAAUCGAUUCUUCCCAUGCUUACGGUGAAGGGUUUAGAGAUGCCAAAUGGGCAUUUGAAAAAUGGGGUCCUCAUAAAGUGAUUAAUCAUGUCGUCAAAUAUGGAACUCUCCCUCAAUAA